GCCCUCUAGGAUAACGGGCCUCUAUGGGAGGAAGGGGCGGGAUUAAUGGGAAGGGAGAAAGCGACCCUUGGAAAAAAGUAAAGUUUUCAGUAAAAUGGCUGCUGGCGCAGCAGAAACUCUCUGUUUGUAUUCACCGAGGCCCGUUCGCCCCGUUUCCCAGUCAUGAUUCCCAGCAGAAUAAAACCUCAAGUCCAGGCGGAGCAGGAGGCAGAGGAGAGGAGAAGGAGAAAGAAGAGGGAGCAGGAGAAGAAAGCAGCCCCGGGGGCUCCGUCCCUGCAGCCUCAGGACAUGGUGGAGUUGGAAACUAUCACUAGGCAGGAGCCACCGGCACCUCCAGGCGGAGCGACUCCCUCCCCACUCUCCUCCUGUUCUAGGCAGGCCUGGAGUAGGGACAACCCUGGCUUUGAUGCGGAGGAAGACGGAAUGGAGGAGGAGGAAGAUGGCGAGGAGGGCAUGGUGGUGGAGAUGGACGUAGAGUGGCAUCCAUCUGCAGGGCCUGGCAGAAGAUCCUCAUCCUUGGUGUCCUCCAGCAGCGGGGGGAGCACCGGCUUAGGGGGUUAUCAUCAUCACGGUCAGAGGGGUCGAAAGAGGAGGGGGGACCCUGGCAUGGGAGCUGGCCGCAAUGGGCACAGCACAGAGCAGCCCCAGGAAUUAGAGGGGGCAGGAAAGUUACUGCACAGAGUGAGAGGACUUUGGGGUACACGAUACACAGAGGAACGAAUAACUACUAGAGAGAAAUAUUUGAAAAUCGUUUUCCGAGAAUUAAUUACCUACAUUGUGUUUCUUGUCAUUGUUUGUGUUUUAACUUACAGUAUGGUGACCUCCAACAUGUUCUACUAUACAAAGGGCAUGUCUCAGCUCUUCCUUGAUGGUCCAGUUUCAAAAGAUGAAAGGACCAACUUCAAAACUUUGUUAACAAUGGAUGAUUUCUGGAAGUUCACAGAAGGCCCAUUGAUGGAUGGUUUGUACUGGGACAUGUGGUACAAUAACCGGACAAUGGCAGAAAAUCAUAGUUUCAUAUAUUAUGAGAACCUACUGUUAGGGGUGCCGCGCCUUCGCCAACUCAGAGUUAAGAAUGGAUCAUGUUCUGUGCCUGAGGAUCUGAAGGAUGAGAUCAAAGAUUGCUAUGACAGCUAUUCCGUAAGAAACGAAGAUACAACACCUUUUGGACUCCGCAAUGGAACAGCAUGGACAUACACUAAGGAAAAGGAUCUGAAUGGAAGUAGUCAGUGGGGUGUCAUCUCUGUGUACAGUGGGGCUGGUUAUUACAUAGACCUGUCAAGGAACCGAGAAGAGAGUGCUGCCCAGAUUGCAAUGCUGAAAAAUAACCUGUGGUUGGACAGAGGCACCAGAGCAGUGUUUAUUGACUUCUCUGUGUACAACGCAAAUCUAAAUCUUUUUUGUGUUGUGAGGUUAUUGGUUGAAUUCCCAGCAACUGGAGGUCUAAUCACAUCCUGGCAGUUUCAGACUGUGAAGUUGAUCCAUUAUAUUUCCUCAUUCGAAUUCUUUUUGGCAGCUUGUGAAAUCAUCUUCUGCAUUUUUAUCCUGUAUUACAUAAUAGAGGAAUUCCUUGAAAUACAUGUUCAUCACCUACAUUAUUUCCGAAGUCUGUGGAACUGGCUGGAUAUUGUCAUUAUUGGGCUCUCCUUACCAGCUAUUGGAAUCCAUCUGUACAAGAUGUCUUCAGUGGAAGGCCCAUUGAACAAGCAAUUGUCUGACCUGAAUGUUUUCCCAAACCUUGAGUCUCUGGCAUACUGGCAGAUACAAUUUAACAGUGUUGCUGCAGUUAUUGUGUUCUUUGCUUGGGUUAAGCUCUUCAAAUUUGCCAACUUCAAUAGAACAAUGACUCAGUUAUCUACAACCAUGUCUCGCUGUGCCAAGGAUAUUCUUGGCUUUGCAAUUAUGUUUUUCAUUAUAUUUUUGGCAUAUGCCCAAUUUGCAUACCUUGUGUUUGGCACCCAGAUUGAUGACUUCAGUACGUUCCAGCACUGUAUCUUCACCCAAUUCCGUAUUAUUUUGGGAGAUUUUGACUUCACAGAGGUUGAGGAAGCGAACCGUAUUUUGGGGCCUAUUUACUUUACCACUUUUGUGUUUUUUAUGUUCUUCAUUCUUUUGAACAUGUUUUUGGCCAUCAUCAAUGACACUUAUUCGGAGGUCAAGACAGAUAUGGCUCAGCAAAAAAGCGAGAUGGAGCUAAUCGACCUUAUUAAAAAGGGUUGCAGUAAAGCCAUGGUCAAACUUAAACUGAAAAAAACCACUGUAGAUGAUAUUUCAGAGAGUAUUCGACAAGGUGGUGGGAAGUUGAACUUUGAUGAGUUACGGCAAGACCUGAAAGGGAAAGGACAUACAGAUGCAGAAAUUGAGGCCAUAUUUGCCAAAUAUGACCAAGAUGGGGACCAGGAACUCACAGAAAAUGAACAUCAGCAAAUGAGGGAUGAUCUGGAGAAAGAGAGGGAUCUGGAGAUGGACCGGGGAUCUCUACCUCGCCCCAUGAGUGGUCGCAGCUUUCCCAGAAGUUUGGAUGACUCCGAAGAGGAUGAUGAUGAGGAUAGUGGACAUAGUUCCCGCCGAAGAGGAAGUAGUUCAAGUGGGGUCUCCUAUGAGGAAUUCCAAGUCCUUGUGAGAAGGGUGGAUCGUAUGGAACAUUCCAUUGGAAGUAUUGUCUCCAAAAUAGAUGCUGUGAUUGUCAAGCUAGAAGCCAUGGAAAGGGCCAAGCUAAAGCGCAGAGAAGUGUUGGGAAGACUUCUCGAUGGAGUUACAGAGGAUGAGAGGCUGGGCCGUGACAAUGAACUUCACCGGGAACAAAUGGAGAGACUCGUAAGAGAAGAACUGGAGAGAUGGGAAUCUGAUGACACAGUCUCCCAAAUGAGCCACCGCUUAGGCACCCCUAGUGGGAACAAUGGUCAGGCUCGCUCUAGAGGUUCGCGACCUCCAUCUUCUCAGUCUACGGAAGGAAUUGAAGGAGGAAUUGUGACUGGCAGUACUGGAAACAGCCAGAUAUAAGUUCAUAAGUAUGAACCAUGAAUAAUAUAUGAGUGAUCAUAGGGAUAUAGAAGGGCCCUCACAAACACGCUUUGAGUGUGCAGGCUAAAUCCAUCAAACCACAUAUUGCACAUACAUUUAUAGGCUUUUUUUUUUGUGAAAAAGGCAUUUCUUUCAUUCUAUGCUAUGAGGAUGCAGCAUUUUAGGAAAUCAGUACUAGAACUUGUGUGGAAUCAGGCAGAAUAAAAUUAAAUAAAUCAUUUAAAUGCCCUUAGGUUUUCCUCAAACCUUCAUCACAAAUGCAUGGCAGACACACGCAGAAACACCCAUGUGUGAGGGCACUUUGCUUGCCAAAAUAAAAACAUGGUAAAAACCCAGUGGUAACAGAACUGACACAUUCUCCAGGCCCCAAGCAUUCUAGAUAUUGGAUCUCAGACCUGUUUUACAUCCAAAUAUUAUUGUAAUCUAAUUUUGUCAGUCAGUUACUUGCUCACUGGACCUGUACCAGUUGCUACUGAAAUAUUAUAUUUCUAAAGGUGGCCAUACAUGUUACAAUUACGUUCUUUCCUAUGGCCAUUGGUCACCGGAAAGAUCGUUCCUACCCUCCACUGACUUUCAGGGCCGAAUUGUCAGAUAUGGAGGUAGAAAUAGGAAUUCUGCACCUAUCUGAUGUUUAGUCUUAAGGUGGUCACACGUGGCGAUCUGACGAUGUUGCACGAAACACCGUCAGAUCCGCCACACACCGUUCAGGGCUGAAACAGCAGAUAAGGAGGCAGAAACAAUAGGAUUUCUACCUCCUUCUGCAGAUUCAGCCCUGACGGCAGAUUUUGGUCAGGCACCUUCUAUGGCGCCCGAUCAAAAUUUUCUAACCUGGCCGAUCGGCGAGUCCACCGAUUUCAGCAGCUUCCUGUGAUAUCGGUCGACUCGCCGACAUGCCAUACACGCACUGAAUAUCGUACAAAACGAGGUUUCGUACGAUAUUAUCGGUGCGUGUAUGGCCAGCUUUAAAUACAGCUUUUGCUCAGGAGCCUUCUACGGCACCCAAUCAAAAUCUUUUGUCCUGCCCGAUUGACCAUACAACCAGUAUCCAAAGCUUUUGCGAUAUUGGCCGUCUCGUCAAUCCACCAUACACGCACCCAAAUAUCAUAUGAAACAUUUUCAUCUACAACGUCUAAUUUCUUCUAAUUUCAAUUUCUGUUUGACACAGAUCUUAGCUGCUUAAUAUGCCACAAUUGUUUAUGCAUCAUCCCCUGGAACUAGUCUAAUGCAAAUAAUAAGACAAGCAUAUACAGUUAUUUCCCAAGAUUCUUUAACGGGUUUUCUGGCUCAGGUUUGCACUUUUUAGUCUUGCCCACUAUUCUAUUAUUUUUAAGCUAACACAAUAGAUUUUAUGUAAUUCUAGAAAAGCACUGAUUUGCUUUAGAAAUAGUGAUACAUUACUGGAAUCUUACCUUUCUUUAUUAAAUGUCUACUAAAAUUACUGUAGAAAGACACAGCCCCCUUUUUCCAAAUACGAUAUGCCAGCCAAAGAAGUUAGAUUUAUAAACUUUGUUACGGAGGCUGCAGUUCGAGUUUCUCUUGUAAUUGGCUUUGAUAGAGUAUUGGAAUAUUCAAAAUUCAAAAGUUAUUUGGCUAUAAGUGUGGCCGUAUGCGUGGCCAACAAAGCUCUUUUACUAUUAUUCCCCAGUGAAAGUCCAUAACAAUGGAGGCUGUAGCUCUGUGCUUAAACAUAACUAUUAAAAAAUAAAUAAAUUAAAAAGCAUUUAUUAUUCAGUAAUAUUAUGAUUUCCUCAGAGCUUUAUUUAUUAUUGUUAGUGCCUUUUACAGGGUGCUGCUCAUUACAUCCUUUUCACUAUUUGUGUCACUGUGACUGAAGGGUUUAAUGAAACCUUACACACUUGUAUCAUUAUCUAUGCUGUAUGGCAGUAUGUUGGCUUUAAAACCUGUUUGAUUACAGAUGAAAUUAGCUUGUAUAUGUAUAUAUAUUUGUAACGUGUCGUUACUGUUAUUUUUUUAAACAAACUUCAUUUUGAAGUGCUUAAAGUUGCAUGGAUAUCCGUGUAAAGCCUAAAAGUGUGCUUUUACUGAAGUACAUUUAUAUAUCCAUCUUUAUUUUAUUACAUAUUUGUAAUUUACAUUCCUAUAUUAUUCUUAGGCUUUAUAUAAACAACUUUUUAGUCUUUUGUAGUACUAGAAGUUUGUAUUGUAACAGCUUGCACUUUAUUAUAAUAAAAUCUUGUACCUUUCCAACAAUAAA